AUGAUCCCAGGCAGUGGGCUGCGCAACAUCAGUGAAGCGAAAAUCGUCGCGACUGAACGUUACGGGGAUCUGUACGCGCCAAUCUUCCGACAGCUCCAGAUCAGACCGGACAAGUACUAUGACUUCCACAAUGGUGUGAUCCGCGUUGUCCGGAGAAAACAGCAGGCGGAGAUCCGGCGUGCCACAGACGCCAGUAUCAAGGCAACGACGGAUUAUCUACUUCGUGCGUUUGGCUAUAUCAUCUGGGCGUCAGGCUCAGCAUGGCUGCUUGACGAUAAAGAUCUCGAUGAGGGAGAAGCAAGGGCUUUCACCAGUGACCCAUUCGGACCACUCAGGCCCAAGAAUUCAUUACUGAACAAGUUGGUGAUCGUCUUGCCAAGCUCCAUUGCUGACAACCUCCUCAAAAGGUUCCACCCCGUCUUCGAAUCGCUCUGGCGCCAGAUGCGAAACGUGCAAUUCACCCGCCGCGCAACAACCCACCGAGGACAACCUUCAAGUGAUCCGCCAUCUUUGAUGACAGACGGUGAUGAGUCUUACAUGGGCGAUGUCGACUCAGGACAUCCCUUCCCUCACAGCCGCGCUCGAGCCACAGCCACGAAGAAAGUCGAAGACCUGUCCGCUGAAGUCGCACGAAGACUUCCGGCGCCGUCUCGAAUGAAUGCGGACCAGACGGAAGAAGCAAUCAUCGAUCUGGUCACCAGAUUAGCUACGAUUCGAGCCAACAGCGACCCAAAGGCUUUUGAGGAACUCUGGCAGGCACAUAUCAUGCGACUUGAGGAAUUGGAAGAGGAAGGCGCGGACGGAGCUGAAUUGAACUCGACUGUGGAGAACCUUCAUCCCGCUGUGACCGGCUUGCAGCAGAAUGCUACUUCUCCCUCCAACGAGCCCUUCAACACUUCUGGCCCGCCCCUUGCCCACUCUUACCCAGGCACCUUAGCCAUCGCACCAUCUCUCCCCUCAAUUAUGUCGGUCUACAUUAGCAUGGCCCAGGUUGCGUCUCCCAAUCAUAACCCAGCGCCGAGCACGGCUGCCGCACCAAUGACACCUGCUUAUCACUGGCCUUCGGCCCCAGUUGAAAACCAUAACUUCGUCAACUUCUUCAACGGCAUCAAUUACCGCGUGGAUGUUCCUCUGCCGCGUAUUCUGGGUUAG